GCCACCAUCUUGGAUUCUACCACCGCACCCAGGAAUUUUGCAUGUAUUUUAUUUCAAAAUGAAUUUCUUAUUGUGAAACGUGAAAGUUUCAGUACACAAAUGGAGUUAGAAAAUAUUGUGGCCAACACAGUAUAUCUUAAAGCAAGAGAAGGUGGUGGAAAACGGAAGGGAAAAAGCAAGAAAUGGAAACAGAUACUUAAAUUUCCACACUUUUCUCAGUGUCAAGAUAUAAGGAACAAAAUAGAAAUAAAUUACAAAAGUAUAUGUCAACAGCAACCCAUAGGAAUAUUACUCUUUAGACAGUAUUUAGAAACCAUUGCAGCAUGCAAAAAAUAUCUAGGAUUUUUAGAUGCAGUGGUGGAUUAUGAAGUCACACCAGAUGAGAAGCGACUCCAUGUGGCAAAAGAAAUAUACAACACAUACCUCCUGCCAGAUAAAGAUGACUGUAUUAUGGAAAUCGGGGAUGACUGCGAUGCAGUUUCGGAACGCUGCAGGCAAGUUGUGGAGGCUGCGCAGACACCUAGCAAAGAGAUCUUUGAAGAAUGUUCACUCGGAGUUCAUCAGUAUUUAUCUGGAGAGUCAUUCUCAGAAUUCCAGAAGAGCAUGUAUUUCUCAAGGCUUCUACAAUGGAAGUGGUUAGAAAGCCAACCUAUAACAAAGAACUAUUUUCGACAAUACCGAGUGUUGGGAAAGGGGGGUUUCGGAGAGGUGUGUGCGUGUCAGGUGAGAGCCACGGGCAAGAUGUACGCCUGCAAGAAGCUGGAGAAGAAGAGGAUAAAGAAGCGAAAAGGAGAGGCCAUGGCAUUCAACGAGAAGCAGAUCUUGCAAAAAAUAAACUCUCGUUUUGUGGUUAGUUUGGCAUAUGCAUAUGAGACGAAGGAUGCCCUCUGCUUGGUGUUGACAAUCAUGAAUGGCGGAGACCUCAAAUUUCACAUACAUAACAUGGGAAAUCCUGGGUUCGAGGAGGAAAGAGCUGUUUUCUACGGGGCCGAGAUAGCCUGUGGUCUGCAUGACCUGCACGUAAACAACAUCGUCUAUAGAGACUUGAAACCAGAAAACAUACUGCUGGACGAUUUUGGCCACGUGCGAAUCUCUGACUUGGGCCUUGCUAUUGAGAUACCACCUGGAGAAACCAUAAGGGGUCGAGUGGGCACAGUUGGAUAUAUGGCUCCAGAAGUCGUGAAGAAUGAGAAAUACACAGUAGGACCAGACUGGUGGGGUCUCGGUUGCCUGGUAUAUGAGAUGAUCGAAGGAAGGGCUCCAUUCAGAGCGAGAAAGGAGAAGGUGAAGAGGGAGGAGGUGGACAGGCGAGUGAGAGAGGACCAGGAAACCUACUCUUCCAAGUUUAGUGAAGAAGCAAGGUCAAUUUGUACUGAGCUGCUUCAGAAGGACCCUCGCAGCCGGCUGGGUUGUCGAGGAAACGGUGCCAAAGUCGUGAAAGCACACACGUUUUUUAGAAAUAUCAACUUCAAGCGACUGGAAGCCGGCAUGUUGGACCCACCAUUUGUUCCUGAUCCAAGAGCCGUAUACUGCAAGGAUGUACUUGACAUUGAACAGUUCUCUACAGUGAAAGGUGUGAACCUGGAUCCCAGUGAUGACACAUUUUAUAGCAAAUUUAACACAGGAAGUGUACCAAUCCCCUGGCAGCAUGAGAUGAUAGAGACAGAGGUGUUUAGGGAGUUGAAUGUAUUCGGCCCAGAUGGCGGCCCCUCACCAGACUUGAUAGAGUAUCCGCCAGACCAAGAGCCGCAGCCACAGCGACGAGGCUUCUUUGCACGCUUGUUCAGGAGGCGGGGCGUUUGCGCUGACACCGAGUCUAGUGAUUAGACUGGAUGGAUUGCUAGGGCCUUCAUUAGAGAACGAACCCGACCACAGCACACGGUGGAGCGACGUGCAGUAGUUGAGGCCCAGGCAGUGAAUGCUGAAUCAACUAACAACUGCAAGCAAUAGGGUCAGUUACACGCGUACGCCGCCUCAGAGAAGGAAGAUCAAGUGAGCUGGAGAUGUCUCCAUGAAGGCAGGAGCAGAAGCAAUGACGACAGAAUAGUGGACACUGAAUCGGUGAAAGAUUCGACCGCACUAGACUGCGACCCUGCUAUGUGGCAGCCGGCUGUGCAAGAAUAUGGAGCAACGCAUCUUCCCUGGGGGACACUUUCACACAUGCACACAGCCACACGGACACACACACACGCAUGCACGCACUCACGCGUGUGCACACACCUGGCAGGCACGGAAAUUGCACAAUCCAUGUGAAAGUUGCUUAAUAAUGUGUGCAAAUAUAUGUGUGUGCGUGCACAUAAGUGUGUCCAAGAUGCCAGCAUGGGAUGCUGUAAAAGCUGGAUAAAAGCUACUGCCACUGGCUAACACUGUAUCAAGCAGUUUCUUUCGAUGAACUGUAUUUUUCGUGAGAACCGCAAACCUCAGUUAGUCGCUGCUUAGCCCCCGGAUCUACUGCAAUAGGAUCAGGUUGGAUGGUAGUGUCUCAGUGAAUGUGACUACAGACACAGAGUGAGCAAUGGACGUACGCGCACCCAUGCUGAUGCACGAUCGCUUGCGUGAUCCUACAGACUGCGUUCUAACUGCAGACUAUCGCAACUUUCCGUGUGUUGGCUCUGCGAAUGCAAGGCUGAGUAUGCGACACCAGCGUCCGUAGAGUAUAAGUUUAUCAAUUCUUCUAUCGUCACAACCAAAAAAUGACCAAUUACCCGAGUAGCUAACAGGGGAGCAGAUAAACGGAUCGUUUUAAUGCC